UCACGGAACUCCCCCUCUUUGGGCGGUGGUCAUCUGUGUCCUGAGGCCAGUUGUCUAUCCCCUAUAGCCUUGUUUACGAAGGACUUCCUUUCCGGGAGAGGCCUGUGGAUAAUUUUCUAACCUCUCCACCCCCGAGGUGGCAGUGCUACCUCCUGGGGUUGUUUACCGUUGCUGUGACUAGGACCCCAGGAAGAAGCCAUGUCUACUUGGGGGUUGGCUUCCCCGACUCCUGACCGCUUUGCGGUGUCUGCGGUGGCAGAGGACAAGGUUCGGGAGCAGCAGGCUCGCUUGGAGCGUAUCUUCAGCGUGGGAAUGAGCAUCCUCUCCAAAGACUGCCCAGAGAACCCUCAUAUCUGGCUGCAGCUUGAGGGCCCCAAGGAGAACGUCUGCAGAGCCAAGGAAUACCUGAAGGGGCUCUGCAGCCCAGAACUGCAGAGUGAAAUCCGCUACCCACCCAGACUGCACUGCGUCUUUCGGGGAGCCCACGGCUUCUUCCUUGACUGCCUGGCUUGGAGCACAUCUGCCCACCUGGUGCCCCUGGUUCCUGGCUCUCUGAUGAUCAGUGGCCUAACAGAGGCAUUUGUGAUGGCUCAGAGCCGGGUGGAGGAGUUAGUGCAGCGGCUGAGCUGGGAUCUUCAGCUGCAGUCUUGUCCCGGAGCCCCUGCCAGUGCUGGAGUGCUGAGAGACUUCUCUGCUCUGCUGCAGACUAGGGAGGAUGCCUACACGGAGGCCCUGCUGCAGCUGCCCCUGGCUGUCCAGGAGGAGCUCCUAAGCCUGGCACAGGAGGCAUCCGGAGAGCAGGCUCCACAGGUGCUGCCCUCUCAUGAGCGGCAGGGGAGUGGAGGCCUCUUGAGUGCUCAGUUCCAGGGAGUUAGGGCUCCCUUGAGUCAAGGUGGGGAGUCCCAGGGUACUGGAGUGGUGGGGUCGGGAGAUUCAAGGGCAGCAAGAGGAGAAAGACUUACUACGGAGAAGCAGGGAAGUAAACAGGAUGGUGUCAGGGACACACAUUCAGGGAGGAAGGAGCCCUCUGGGGAAGAGAUCUGGGAGAGAGGAGCGGCUUUCAAGUCACAACCAGCAGGUGGAGGAGCAGAGGCACCAUUGAAGGGAAAGGCCUUGGGGAAGGAGGAGGUUCCUCAGCAAAGAGGAGGGUUCAGUAUGCAGGGUGACUCUUCUGGUGCCCAUGUGCCCUCUCAGAGGGCAGCUCAAACUCGCGGAGCCUCUCUCCUCCAGCGGCUCCAUAAUGGGAGCACGUCACCUCCCAGAGUACCUAGCCCUCCACCUGCGCCGGAACCCCCGUGGCCCUGUGGAGACCGAGAUCGGGGAGACAGGGGAGACAAGCAACAGGCAGGGGCUCGAGGUCGAGGGUCUAAACGAGGCGCUCGAGGGGGCAACUUGGUGACUGGCACACAGCGUUUCCAGGAAGCCUUACAGGACCCUUUCACCCUGUGCCUUGCUAAUGUGCCCGGCCAGCCAGACCUCCGUCAUAUCGUCAUUGACGGCAGCAACGUGGCCAUGGUGCAUGGCCUGCAGCAUUACUUCUCAAGCCGGGGCAUUGCUCUUGCUGUGCAGUACUUCUGGGACCGUGGGCAUCGUGACAUAACUGUCUUUGUGCCUCAGUGGCGCUUCAGUAAGGAUUCCAAGGUCAGAGAGAGUCACUUCCUGCAGAAGCUGUACUCCCUGAGUCUGCUUUCCCUGACACCCUCACGAGUCAUGGAUGGCAAGAGGAUUUCUUCCUAUGAUGACAGGUUCAUGGUGAAGCUGGCGGAAGAGACCGAUGGGAUCAUUGUCUCCAAUGACCAGUUCCGAGAUCUGGCAGAGGAGUCAGACAAGUGGAUGGCCAUCAUCAGAGAGCGCCUGCUGCCCUUCACCUUUGUGGGAAACCUCUUCAUGGUCCCAGACGACCCUCUGGGGCGAAAUGGCCCCACCCUGGAUGAGUUCCUGAAGAAGACAGUCAGGAAACAGGGCUCUUCUAAGGCUCAGCAACCCUCCAGAGGCCCCAAAGACCAUGGGAAUCAGCAGCAGGCGAAGCAAGGGAAGGAAGAGGAAAAAGGUGGCAUUCGGAAGACCAGGGAGACAGAGCGGCUCCGGCGCCAGCUGCUGGAGGUGUUUUGGGGUCAGGACCACAAGGUGGACUUCAUCCUGCAGCGGGAACCAUACUGCCGGGAUAUUAAUCAACUCUCUGAGGCCCUGCUGAGUCUCAACUUUUGAGCCUUACUUGCCUGCAUAGCUGCUGCCCUAUCAGACUUAGCGACCCCAGCCCAGCCCCUUCCUUACAGUCCUCUGCUGCUCAGAUUGUGUCCCAGACUCCCUCUAAGAUGGUGCUUUGGCUGGAGGAAGCACCAGAGAAGAGAUUUGAGUGUGGGAACACUCUUGCCUGGGGUCCAUAAGGUGACUCGACCUGAGUCAGGACCGCAGCCAGCUCUAAGGAGACUUUGAUCAGAUUUAACUACUCAUCCUGGUCUUUGCAGGCUGUAGAGGCUCCUCCUGAAGGCUGAGACUGUUGGCCAGGUUAAGCUGAGUUGGAGGCUAGGGUAAGCUGGAGGCAGCAAAAGGCUAAGCUGAGGAAGAAAGCAUCCUCAGGCUGCUCUUCUGAAUGGCUAGUGUAGGCUGAGCUGUCUGGGUUCUGCAGGGCCACAGUGCUAUGCGGGCUAUUGCAGUGGGACAGCAGAGACCCAGAAGGCUCCCAGUCUGGGUUGUGCCUGCCUGCGACCUUGGCAGAGUCGCUUGACUUUUACUUAUGUCUGUACAACAGGCAUAAAAAAUAACCUUUGAGAGAACUGGGUACACAGAGGAAGGCUCCUGUGAAGAAGUGAUCUGGGAUCAUGUCUCAGGUGUGUCUGCCUGUGUCUGCUUAGGCUCCCUAACCAAAACUUCUCGUUCAGAGAUGUCCACAGUCCACACCCUCAGUUUUAACUCGGUUUUCAGUAGAACACGCCUGUAAUGGCUGCACCCUUUCCCAGCAACCUUCCAAACACACAUUAACAAAAUAGUUGUUAGGGUUGAUUGCUGCAUUCCCUAAAAACUCUCAGGGUCCCCAGAAGAGGCAGCUGGUCAGUUGCAUUCAAAUGUGUUUACAGAUUCACAAAUGUGUCAGAAAGGCCCCGGUUAAAUCCUCUCUCUGGUGUUGAAUGUGUUCACCAAAUUCAUGAAGCCAUGCUUUGCAGUGACAAUGUUAGUGGGAUCUAUUAUUUCCUUUAUGGAAGACGUGGGUUGCAUUUGGUAAGACACAGUACUGCUUCCUGUGUAUGGUUAAGAAACUAUUGUCUAGGAGUGGAAGCUGAAACAUCAGUUGACAGACACCUGGUUAGUCACAGAUGACCCCCACUGACCUAUCAUGGCCAAGUGUUUACAUCCUAAUUCCCACAAGUCAUUGUUUGCUAUCUGCUUGAUUUCUGUGCCAGGGACUUACUCCCUGCAAGGAGGCACAUUCCUGACCUGGAUGUAUAGUUUUCCAUUUCUUUCUCUAGUGUAGCCUAACAAGCUUCUGUUAUUUUUACCUACCCCAGGAAUAACUCAGAGCUAGUCAACUUCUCAGAUAAAGAGGUAAGGCAGGUUCCCUGGGUUCAGUUCUGUUUGGGAGUUGUAGCAAGUCCCUGAAUUAGCUUCUUUUCUGGCUGACUUACUAGUGACACAGAGAGGUGACUGUGGGUGGAGCUCAGUGAUCGAGGAGAGGGUCCCUAGGUCCGUGUCUGUCUGUUUCCUUGAGCCACUUUCAUCUCUACACUAGAUUGACUCAGGCUGGGACAGCCGUAUUAGAGACAAGGUGAUCAGGGAAAAGACAGUGACUCCUUUCAGUGCCCAGGAAACAAAGAGAAUGGUCUGAACUGGUUGCUGGUAGAAGAGCUUUUUAAGUUUGCGACUGGUUUCUUGCUCUUUUUGCUUGCCGUGAUGGUGGGUGUACAGAAGGCCAGAAUUAGUUUCCUUUUUAUGCUGAGGGCCCAGGAAGGAGACUGAAGUGUUCCCAAGCAGAUGAGAGACAGAUCCUAGCUUAUAGAGAUACACUGGCUUGUGUUGCCGCAGUAUGAAGUGGGAUCUGCAUGUGUUUGCUAGAUGAAUUCCCUGCCAUUUGGGUGAAACACUGAGGCUAACCUACAGGCCUUUCUUUUUUUUUUUUUCCCCCAUUUUUGCUGGCAUCCUCUGAACAGGUGGCUAGGGCAGCACCAGAACUCACUGGAAAUAGGUCCUUAUGUGUACUGUCUUUAAUCUCUGUCAUACCUCAUGUCUC